CUCGGGCUGGGGGCGCGGCCUGCGCGGGCCGCCCCACCCUUCUGGCAUAAAAGGCCGAGCCCGCUGGGCCGGCGCUCUCAGCCCGUCGGCUCCGAAGCUCUUUCCCUGUGGCCCCGUAGUGGGUGUGUAAGGGAGAACGGACAGACUGACCAGACGCCGACCGGAGCCAGAAGAAGCUAGCUAGCGCCAUGCGUGAGAUCGUGCACAUCCAGGCGGGCCAAUGCGGCAACCAGAUCGGCGCCAAGUUCUGGGAGGUCAUCAGCGAUGAGCAUGGGAUCGACCCCACCGGCAGUUACCAUGGAGACAGCGACUUGCAGCUGGAGAGGAUCAACGUGUACUACAACGAAGCCACUGGGAACAAGUACGUACCUCGGGCCAUCCUGGUGGACCUGGAGCCGGGCACGAUGGACUCCGUCAGGUCUGGACCCUUUGGCCAGAUCUUCAGGCCCGACAACUUCGUGUUUGGCCAGAGCGGGGCCGGGAACAACUGGGCCAAGGGCCACUACACGGAGGGCGCGGAGCUGGUGGACUCGGUCCUGGACGUGGUGCGCAAGGAGUCGGAGAGCUGCGACUGCCUGCAGGGCUUCCAGCUGACGCACUCGCUGGGCGGCGGCACCGGCUCGGGCAUGGGCACGCUGCUCAUCAGCAAGAUCCGCGAGGAGUACCCUGACCGCAUCAUGAACACCUUCAGCGUGAUGCCCUCGCCCAAGGUGUCCGACACGGUGGUGGAGCCCUACAACGCCACGCUCUCGGUGCACCAGCUGGUGGAGAACACGGACGAGACCUACUGCAUCGACAACGAGGCGCUCUACGACAUCUGCUUCCGCACGCUCAAGCUGACCACGCCCACCUACGGCGACCUCAACCACCUGGUGUCGGCCACCAUGAGCGGCGUCACCACCUGCCUGCGCUUCCCGGGCCAGCUCAACGCCGACCUGCGCAAGCUGGCGGUGAACAUGGUGCCCUUCCCGCGCCUGCACUUCUUCAUGCCCGGCUUCGCGCCGCUCACCAGCCGCGGCAGCCAGCAGUACCGCGCGCUCACCGUGCCCGAGCUCACGCAGCAGAUGUUCGACUCCAAGAACAUGAUGGCCGCGUGCGACCCGCGCCACGGCCGCUACCUGACGGUGGCCGCCAUCUUCCGCGGCCGCAUGUCCAUGAAGGAGGUGGACGAGCAGAUGCUCAACGUGCAGAACAAGAACAGCAGCUACUUCGUGGAGUGGAUCCCCAACAACGUGAAGACGGCCGUGUGCGACAUCCCGCCGCGCGGGCUCAAGAUGUCGGCCACCUUCAUCGGCAACAGCACGGCCAUCCAGGAGCUGUUCAAGCGCAUCUCGGAGCAGUUCACCGCCAUGUUCCGGCGCAAGGCCUUCCUGCACUGGUACACGGGCGAGGGCAUGGACGAGAUGGAGUUCACCGAGGCCGAGAGCAACAUGAACGACCUGGUGUCCGAGUACCAGCAGUACCAGGACGCCACUGCCGACGAGCAGGGCGAGUUCGAGGAGGAGGAGGGCGAGGACGAGGCCUGAGCGCGCGCUCGGAGGGGCGGCCUGGGCGCGGGCGCCGCCUUCUGGACGGGGUCACCUGCGCGCGGGCGCCCCCUCCGGAGCGGGGUCGCCUGAGCUCGGGCGCGGCCUCGGAGCGGGGUCACCGGGAGAGGAGAGGGAGCGGGAGGGAGGGUUCCGGGGAGCGCCCGCCCCGCAGGGAGGAAGCAUGGCCUGCCCUGGGCGUGCUGCUCUGGGGCUCCUCACUGUUGCCUGUCUUUUUUUUUCUUGUAACACUGCCGACUUCAAUGUAACAUUUGAGAUACUUCUGAACUACUGUUGUAAUGGUUAAAAUCACAUAAACAUUUGUGUCCUAAUGGUC